UCCGUUUCUUUGACUUGCUAGCAUUGCAUUUCUCCAUUAUUUCAGCUGCAUUUCCUUUCGGUGUGAGCCAGUCUCCUGGCACAUAGAUCUUCCACUUGCAUAGAUUCUCGUCGCCGUGUUAUCCGGUAGUCCAUUAUCAUUAAAAGUCGAAGAAAAAUAUGGCGGAAAAUCUGGACGUCGGUCCGGGGAAGUGGUUGCACAAGGUUGCGGACGCCGUACCCGCGACUGAAGGAAGCGCCUCGAAAGGCCCCACAUAUCGCAGCGUGUACGCCAAGGACGAGUAUGUCAAUUUAGGGCCAGGGAUCGACACCAUGUGGGACCUCUUCAAGACCUCUGUGGAGAAAUUCGGCGACAAUAAGUUUCUCGGGAAGCGCUCGAUUGUGGAUGGCAAGGCGGGUCCCUUCGAGUGGGACACAUACUCGGAGGUGCAUGCCAAGGUGCUGAAGCUGGGGUCCGCGUACCGCGCUGCUGGCCUGGACGCUAACGCCAAGGUCGGCAUCUAUGGCAUCAACUCGCCCGAGUGGUUCAUGACCAUGGAGGCCUGCAAUUGCCAGUCCAUGCAGUGCGUGCCUCUGUACGAUACACUGGGAGCGGAGGCAGUUUCUUUCAUUCUCAACCAUGCAGAAGUGUCUCUUGUUGUGGUUCAAGCAGCCAAGCUGCCCGCUCUGCUGAAGAGCCUGCCCAAGUGCACUGAAUUCGUCAAGACCGUUGUGAGCAUGGGGCCGCUGGAUGCUGAUUCAAGCAAGGCUCUGUCGGACCUCGGAAUGAGGGGAGUGAGCUGGGAUGACUUUCUGAAGGAGGGCGAGGCAAAGCCAGUGGAUCCAUCACCCUCAAAGCCCGAGGAUAUCUGCACCAUUAUGUACACCUCAGGCACCACCGGUGAGCCCAAGGGCGUGCUUAUAACGAAUCAUGCCCUGGCCACGGCUGUGGCGGGCACCAAGCGCUUUUGCGAGUACAACGACUGUGUGCUCACCCCAGCGGACAGCUACAUCUCCUACCUGCCUCUCGCUCACAUAUUCGACCGCGUGGCCGAGGAGCUCAUGACGCACGUCGGCGGCUGCAUAGGCUUCUGGCAAGGGGACGUCAAACUACUGACAGCCGAUCUUGAGGCCCUCAAGCCAACCUUCUUCUGUGGGGUGCCUCGCAUCUUCGACCGUAUCCACUCGGCCGUCUUUUCUAAGAUCGAGUCCACGGGUGGUCUCACCAAGCUGCUCUUUGACUUUGCCUAUGGCCGCAAGCAAGCCAGGCUGGCUGCGGGGGUGAAGAUCCACCACGCCACGCCCAUAUCCGAUGCCAUCGUCUUCAAUACGAUCAAGGCGCGCUUGGGCGGGAAUGUGCGGAUCAUCUGUUCAGGUGCUGCUCCUCUAGCCCCCCAUGUGGAGGAGUUCCUCAAGAUCGCCAUGUGCUGCCCCGUGGUGCAGGGCUACGGUCUGACUGAGACCAACACCAGCGGGUUUAUUUCCUACGCCGAUCGAAUCGAGCAGGCCGGCACCGUGGGCCCGCCCAUGCCCACGCUAGAAACGCGCCUGGAGUCGAUCCCCGAAAUGAACUACGACGCCAUCGGGGCCCAAGAGGAGGGUGGCGAAACGCACCCGCCGCGUGGGGAGGUGUGCAUCCGCGGGCCGAUCCUGUUCUCGGGGUAUUACAAGCGCGAGGAUCUGACCAAGGAGGCGGUGGAUGCGGAGGGGUGGUUCCACACGGGGGACAUUGGGGAGUGGCAGCCAGAUGGUUCGAUGAAGAUCAUCGACCGGAAGAAGAACAUCUUCAAGCUGGCGCAGGGGGAGUAUGUGGCUGUGGAGAAUCUGGAGAACGUCUUUGGCAACUGCUCGGCUCUGGACAUGGUGUGGGUGUACGGAAACAGCUUCGAGGCAGUGCUGGUGGCAGUGGUGGUGCCCAACAAAGCCUCCCUCCUGGAGUGGGCCAAGGGGGCGGGCGUGGAGGGGGACUAUGCUGCCCUGUGCGCAACUGAGGAGGCGAAGAAAUAUAUUAUCGGGCAGCUGAGCGAAACGGGCAAGAAGGCCAAGCUCAAGGGCUUUGAGAUGGUGAAGGCGGUACACCUGGAGCCGGAGCAAUUCGACAUGGAAAGGGACCUGCUCACUCCCACGUUCAAGAAGAAGCGCCCUCAGCUGCUCAAAUACUACCAGGCGCAAAUCGAUGCCAUGUACGCGGCUCUCAAGAAGUAGACCUCUGAUCAGAGCCAGUGCAAGCCCAGCCCAGACACGGCUCAUUCGUACAGGAACUGUGCUUGACUGCAGUAGUAUGAACUGCAAAAGCGAGUUGAAUGUCAAACUCUAAUAAUAUGUUGCCCGCCACAUUGUGUAUAGUGUUCAAAGCUUGAGCACCCUGACAAGCCAUAGCUAAGGCUAGACCAUCCUGCUGUGGCGAAAAUGUUA